AUGACAAAACCAAGUAAUGAAGAAACGUCGACAUCCACCGUAAGUAAAUACACUGCUGUCCCUAAGCCCUAUUCUGGUAUUGGAAGUUUUCGUGAGUGGCGUCUCCGUUUUGCCUACUGUCAAGAAGCCAAUGGUUGGACUGACGAGCCCGCCUUGAAGAAGUUACCGACUUUAUUGGAGAAGGUUGCAUUGGUAACGUUCACCAGGAUACCUGUGGAAAAUAGGAGUACUCUAUCUAAAGCCAUGCAGAAGUUGGAAGACGAGCUUGCCCCCGAGCAAAGUACUGCCUUUGAUCAGUUUUCUAAUGCUAAGUAUGAUUCUACUGAUAAUUUGGACCUCUAUGCCUAUAAGCUUACGGAGUUGCUGGAGUCUAGCGGACUAACGUUAGACAGCAAGUCAAGGGAUGCUUUGCUCAUAGCUAAGUUCAUAGCUUCACUACCUACUGACCUACAAGUUGAUCUGAGAAAGUCACGAGAAUCUAUUCAUAGUCUACAAGAUGCAUUACGUAUGGCUAAGAGACUCCAAGCUAUCCAGACGACCCCCUCAUCGAGUAAAUCUAAUACCGGUUCCAAUGCGAUUACUGGUACUACUCCAAUUACUCACGACGCACCACUAGAAGCCCCUACUGUUGAUGCUGUGAAUCUACCAUCAGUUCAACUUAACGAUCCUCUGACGAAGUCCGACCCUGCUGUAGCAGCGAUUGCUGACCUUGCUGAAGCUAUCCGACAAGAACAACAACUCAUGGUCGUGGUCUUCUACCUGUGA